AUGCCUUCCUACAAGUUGGUCUACUUCGACGCUCGUGGCUACGCGGAGCCCGCUCGUCAAAUGUUCUAUAUGGCCGGUGUCAAGUUCGAGGACAAGAGGAUCAACCGAACCGAUGGAUCCUGGGAGAAGAUCAAGGAGAGUGAGUGAAUCGGUGAGAAGUUACCACCCAUAAUCAGUGCACUUUCAGAGACUCCGUUCGGGCAGCUGCCGGUGCUUAAAGUCGAUGGUCUCGAGAUCCCCCAGUCGUCUGCGAUCCUCCGUUACCUCGCCAACAAGUUCGGGUUCGCCGGAAACACUCCCGAAGAAAACGCGUGGGCGGACGCCAUUGUCGAUCAGUACAAGGACUUCGUGGAACCAUUCCGCACAUUCGUUAUGGCUCAGAGAGCCAACAAACCGGUGGACGAGGUCGAGAAGAUCAGGACGGAAGUGUUCGAGCCGGCCAGGGACCAGUACUUUAAGAUUCUCGAGGGGAUUCUGAAGAAGAGCGAGUCGGGAUGGCUGGUGGAAUCAGGACUCACUUGGGCGGAUCUGGUGGUAGCCGAUAACCUGGUUACUCUUGAGAAAAUGGGUUUUUUCGUCCCGAAAGAGCAUCCGAAGCUCUCCGCUCUGCGCAAGAAGGUCCACGGGCUCGCGAGGCUCAAAGAGUACAUCGCCAAUCGUCCGGACACCGAAUUCUAA